AUGCCCACCGCAUAUCACCCCGCACACCUUGUGCCUCCUCUGUUCGAGCAGAACGCUGCCGAAGACUUUCAGCGAACCGGGAGGACCGUCUCCCUGGCCGUGUCUCCAAGAGAUGAUAGCAUUGCGGUUCACGCCGCGCCAAACCCUCAUGUAUUGAGGUCACAGGGCGCGUCAUAUACCAAGGAGCAACAGGUCUAUCUGGCGGGAAGGAGUCAGGCGCCAUUAUCUGAGCGAAGAGUGUUCGUUACAGACACCUCCGUGAUCUUCGCGGCGGUCCAAAAUCUGCUCAAGGUUACCGGCGACAAGAAGGUCAAGCUGUCAGACACGAGAGCAGUCAGCAAGUUGGCCAAUGACUACGUCAAUUUCUGCAAAGAGUGCUGCUUGUAUGCAUCCCAAAACAUAUUGCGCGCAGAGCAGUUGCAAUAUGAUGCAGAACACUAUCGUUGCCUGUGGACAUGCUUCUCCCUCUUUGCCGUAUUGUACCUUCCAGAACCGGGUUUUGAUGACGCCCCCGUGGGUGAUGAACUAAUGGAGUGGCUGAAUACACACUUCAUUCAGCCUUCCACACAGGAAGGGGACGAACUCAGUGGCCAAGACAGGCCAUGGGAAGAUCCCGCGUUUUGGCCCUAUCUCACGAGAACAGUGCUGCGAGGCCUCUCCAAAGCCUCCGCGUUUUUUCUGAACACCCUCUCCGAACAUCCUUCCGCAUAUUUACAGAACCUCGCCCAGCAAAUAUCCCCCCUAAUAACCAACCACCCUCGUCUGCACCAAUUUUCCGCCGAGCGUGACUUUGCAGUCGCCUCCCGGCGCUGGAAAGAUAAGGUGAAGACGCUCCGGCUCGAGCUUGACCGUGUGCCCGAGAGAGCGCGAGAUGACGGGUUUGAAAACUGGUGGGACCGAUUUAGCGACAUCGUCGGCAUUCUGGAAGGGAGAGGGGACGUUAUGAAGAAGGUGUGCAUGGAACUAGACGCGGACUGGAAGGAGGUCUGUUCUGCAUGGGGCGUCUUUAUCGACACGCGGUUGCGAAGACAGGACCUGCCAGAGGUUGUCGCUGAGGUUCUAGACGAGUUGCCGCCUGACCCAACGGACCGGGAAGAUAUGGUUCACUCUGCGUUCUUCCUUGGCAAACCCGCCCAGGCGCUUUCAGAAUGUGCCCUCCUGGACGGCUGGCUCGCGGCGCACCUCGCAGACCUGAUGGAACUCAUGGAAUUGAUCGACGCAGAGCCAGACGACUCCGAGCUGACGCUGCGUCAACACCAUGUUCUGGGGUACGCCGAAUAUUUGCACACGGACCCCGCUCUAUGGCGCAUUACAGUGGACUACAUGUACUCCUGCGGCGAAGUCGGGCGGGAGAUGGCUGACCAGGUCCUGAUGCGUGUGCCGCUCCGCCUGGAGACGCCGAACGAGGCCGAUGCAAUUGGAGACGAGGCCGCGCGCAUACGAGCUGGCCACCUGGCUGGCGUGCUGAAGGACAUCAACGAAACCUGCUUUGAAUACAAAAGAGAGGAAAUCCGGCGAAUGGUGUGCAGGAUAGCCACGCAGACGUUCAUCAAGGAAAGGAAAUAUGGCUUAGCCAUCUCCUAUUGCACAUCGGCGGAGGACUGGGUUGGCCUGGGGCGUGUGGUCGAUCUCGUCCUGGAAGAGUACAUAGGAGAAGGCUCCGAGCAGUUUGCGCAGCUGGUCGCCAACAUCGCGCCGUCCCUUCAAAGCCUCCGCGCGGAUGCCGGGGCGAAGAUCCCUGCACCAGGCGUCUUCCUACACCGCCUGAUGUUCGUGAUACGGUUUGCGGAGUUUCACCAGCGGCGCGCGAGCGGCGACGGCCAGGGUGCGGCGACGGAUGUCGUCGCGAUGUUCCGGGAAGACAUCGUCCCCCAGGCGUGGUGGGCGGUCCUUCUCUGCGACACGGUGGAGCUUCUCCAAAAUGGCGGCGCGAUGUUCUUCACGUCGGAAGACGCCUGCCUGCUAAUGCAGCGGCUGGAGAGCAUCCAUAUCAUGGCUGGGCAGGGCUGCAGCGACGACUAUCUGCCGGUGCUCUGUCGGGUAACAAAGCGGGGCGAAAAACAUGCGCUGCAGCGGCUCGAAGUGGUCAGAUUGUCGCUGGCGCGAUACUACGCCCGCUGCGGCGCCAUUGGCGUUGGCGGGCGACCGAACGGCUGGGGCUACUAG